AUGCUGUCAUUCACUGAUCAGCCCGACUUUGAUUACGCCGCCUUCCUCCAAGCUGACGAUAUCACUUUUGGCGAGGGUGCCCAGACCCAACAGCAAGUACCAUCAGAUUCCUCAGACAAAGCUACCCCACCAAGCACAACGUCAGGGUCCAGUAGUGAACUUAUUGCUCGACCUUCGGCUCAGAAACAAAGACUUGAGCGAAGAGGCCAUACUAAAAGUCGAAGAGGUUGUUACAACUGCAAGAGAAGGCGUAUCAAGGAGACUCGGCCUGCGUGUGGCCACUGCACCAAGACGGGCCUGAAGUGCGAGUAUCCAUCUAUGCCUCAGAUCACACAUCAGCCGCAUCACCAGAUUCCUCUGUUCAGUCUCCAGGACAUGCGCUUCUUCCAGCACUUUCUGACGCAAUGCUACCCUCAUCAUCCCUUGAAGCAAGAGGACAUCUGGACCCAUGAGAUCCCAUGCAUUGCUCACAACGUACGGCCUCCCACCAACUAA